AUGAGCCUAUCCUUGCGCCACGCGCCAUUCAUCGUGCUUUCACCGCUGGACCAUUCUCCUGCACACCGGGAUGUGCAGCAAAAUGCACGUGGAGACGCGUGUGGUUUCCAUCGCUUGGGGCGGCGAUGGUGCCAGGCCGUCUUGGCGGGCGCCACGUCGAUUCGAGCCAAGAGCAGGCAGCAAGCGCUAGCUGGGGCGCCGUCUCGGCGCACACAGCUGCUGGUGGAUGCGGACCAGUUCAGCAUAGAGAUGAUACAGGAGGCCAUUCGCCUCCUGGGCGGCCAUGGACAGGUGACGACCUUCAUCUUCGCCGAGCCGGGCCGCAGGAGGAAUGCCCACUGGGCGGCGCUUCUGCGACAGCGCGGCAUUCGCUUUUGUGCGGUGCCGCGUGGCGGCUCCCCCCACCGGGAGCCCAAUGACGAAGCCUUGGUCGAAGCGCUGCAUGGGCUGGCGCGGAACACUGAGGACAUCGCUCUCUUGACCUCCGACUGCGGCUUCUUGCCCACGCUGCUCGCCAUCCAAGAGCUCACGCUGCUCGCCACGCGCGCGAUGCAAGUGCUCAUUCCUCAGAACCGCUACGGAGUGAUCGCUUGCUACGAGGCUGCAGGGCUUCCAGUGCUCCGGCUGUGCCUGCCACCGGUCGCCUUCACGCGCGUCCGGGCGACGCUGCAGGUGGAUGGCCAGGGGUUUGUGCACCUGGAUCACUCUGAGCCUUUGGACGAAGACCAGGUCCUCGAGCAACAGCAGGCGGUCCUGAAGUUUCUGGACGGCGGCCGUGGACGGCGUCAUCAGGAGUUCCUGAUCCACAACAUGGCCAAGUGGUGGUUCCUGAACUCGAGAGGCCCACUUGUGGUCUAUCCUGAACAGUUCACCAUCCUAGCCAUGCAAGAGCUCAUCCAAACAAAGCAGCAGUGGAAGGAGUGCGACUUCAGCUCCUUGGCCUUCUUCCUGCCCUACUCUUCAGUGAAGGGCCGCUUGAGUGAGGAAGCAGCAAAGACCUAUAGCCAUGUGGAGGCCAAAGCCAUCUUUUUGGGCGAUGGACCAUUCAUGUUGGUGGACUCUCCUGAGUUAACCUCCGAAGCUUUGAGGAAGCUGGGCUACAUGGACGAUGAGUUCAACCAAGACUUGCGGGAGGCCAUGUUUUGCUUUGUGAACUCCAAUGACAACAAGAAUCACUUGCGGAAGAUGAGCCUACUGCCAGUUCCAGGAGAUAGUCUCCAGGACGUGGAACGGAAGCUGCACCGGGCCUUCGUGUCGCAUGGCUCCCAGGGGCGGUGGCAGCGGAAGAACGGCGGCGACGCACGGAAUGGGGCCACGCGGCCGUUGCGGCACAUUCUGCAGAAGGCCCAGAUCUUGGAUCGGAGGAGGAGCUACUCCAAAGCUGAGAUCUUUGAAGCCAUGAAGGUCUACGCGCAGCAGAACGCUUUGCCCGCUGCCAAGACCUUCAAUGCCCUGGCCUUCCGCGUGAUGCGGCAGCAUCUCAAGGACCCACAGUGCCGCCCAGUGAUUGAGUUCGAAGACAAAAGACUCCGCGGCCCAGGGGUGCGGAGCAGUGCGCAGCUGUGGUCCAUGGAAGAUAAGAUUGUCCUCUACAACCCUGAAGACUUUCAUCACAACUCGGGCGAUUUGAGCGACAACUGUACCUUGCUCGGCUGCGUCGUUUGUGUGGCACAGAGGUCGGAAACGGUGCGGGUUCUGUCGGAUGCUCCAAUGAAGGUGGCAGAAACUGGUGGACCGAGCUUGAUAGGCCUGUACAUUCCAAUCCAAUCUUGGAACUAA